GUGGUGGCGCCGCCGCGCGCGCGUCGUCGUGGCGCUCGGAGGAGCCGCGGCCGCCAUGGCGCGGGGCGGCGGGAAGGGGCUGAGCCUGAAGGACAAGCUGGACGGUAACGAGCUGGACCUGAGCCUCUGCGACCUGAAUGAGGUGCCGGUCCGGGAGCUGGCCACUCUUCCAAAAGCUACUAUAUUGGAUUUGUCCUGUAACAACCUCAUGUCCUUGCCGUCAGACUUCUGCAGUUUGAUGCAUCUGGUGAAACUGGACUUGAGUAAAAAUCGGCUUCAACAGCUGCCCUUGGACUUUGGCCGCCUGGUCAAUCUGCAGCACCUGGACCUUCUGAACAACCGUUUGGUCACCCUGCCAGUCAGCUUUGCACAACUCAAGAACCUGAAGUGGCUGGACCUGAAGGACAAUCCACUAGAUCCUGUCCUGGCUAAAGUAGCAGGAGACUGUCUGGAUGAGAAGCAAUGUAAGCAGGCUGCUGUCAAGGUACUGCAGCACAUGAAGGCAAUCCAGUCUGAGCAGGACCGACAGCGGCAACAGAAGCUCCAAGCAGAGCGAGAAAUGGAGAAGAAGCGUGAAGCAGAACAGCGAGCAAAAGAGGCUCAAGAGAGGGAACUGAGGAAGCGUGAGAAGGCAGAGGAGAAGGAACGCAGAAGACGGGAAUAUGAUGCUCAGAGAGCUGCCAAACAGGAGAUGGAAAAGAAAACUAAAAGAGAAACUGUGCAGCCCCGAAAGCCUGCCUCCAGUUCGCGGUCCACUCAGCCCUCCCGGCACAGGCGCUCCUGGUCGCGGUCUCUGCUGCGGGUUCUGCUCUGCAUGCUGCUGUGUGUGCUCCUUGCUGUGGCUGCCUGCAAGCUGACAGAGCUGCGGCGUCAGCCCCUGUGCAUCAGCAUCAGCACUCUCUUCGAGGAUGUGGUAGCUGCCCUGCAAAACCACAAAACCCUGCAAAAUAUGCUCCAACAGAACUCACAGCAGUGAUUGUCCUGGGCAGGCACCUGCUUCGUCAGCAUCUCCCUCCACCAUCUAUGCAGCCAGAAUUCCUAUGGAAUUGUGUUCUGAUGAAACUGCUUUUAAUCUGUCAGCGUUGGUUUGCUGGUCCACUCCACACACAGCAGUUACUAUUCAGAUCAUCUUUGCUGUGCAUGUUUCACAGUUGGCCUAUAACUCCAAUUAUUUGCCCACAUUAACCUAAACUUGUUAACAUCCUUUACCUCCAGGGAACAGUUACAGAGAUUGUGAGAUACAGAAUGCUGCCAAGCUGUAGGAGUGGAAAAAACAGCCCUUGGCUGGCAUGGUAGCUGUGUCCUGGAGGUGGAAGUUUUUAAUACAUAUCCAUUCUUCGCUCGUUUCUAUUUGUGCUGAAAUUGGUGACAUGGCUGUGUGGAAUGAUACAUUGAGGCCCAGUCAGAGGUGUGUAGGACAGCUGUGCAUGCAUGUGCCCAGGCGAGGCUGCUGGUGUAGUGUGGAAGCAGCUGAACCUUUGCAAUACAAGAUUUCACAGCA